AUGCCUCGUACAAGAAGACAUGUUGUGGCUAGGUGUCGAUCCACACCGAAUGAAGAAAACAAUUCCUCCAUGGGCACUCAUCAAAGUGUAGAGGUUCAACUACCUCAAAGUGAGCCCAUGCCAAACAUUGAAUCAUCUUCUCAAGAUGACAUACAUGCUACUUCGCCCACUUGCACCGGAUCUAGGAGGUCGACACACCAUGAAUCUGAUGUAGUUGAAGAUUCAUCAGUGGCUCAGAAAAAAUCCCCUACCUAUUGGAAUGUUAAUGUUAUUAAUGAGGAAGGUGUUGUUAGGCAAACACGUUUAAGGGUGCAAGAUGUGUUUGCAUCACGUGAUGCCACUAAGGUGUGUACCAAGUGGAAUGCUGAAGGUCAACCAAUAGGAGAGUAUGUUGGUUUAUUAGCAGGAUUUUUGGGUGAAAUUGCAAAAUUUGAUGUAAAUGAUCAAGAGCAUAAGAAAUAUAUCUUAGCUAACUUGGGAAAGAAAUGGAGGGAUACUCGAUGUAGGUUGUUUCACAAAAAUUAUAACUGGAAGAUUUCUGUGGAAGAAAAUUGUCAGAUGCACCCACCAGAUAUUGACCAAGAUCAUUGGAGGCUUUUUGUACAAUUUAGGACAAGUCCUAAACAAAUGGAGAUAUCUGAUAAAAAUGUAGCAAACCGUGAAAAGCUAUUGAUCCCACACACUCUAGGAUCAAAGACAUUAGCAAGAAAAAAGGAUGAGUUGGAGACUUCUUCUGAGAAUGAGGCAUUCUUGAAAGUGUUUAGAAAGGGGCAUCCCGGAUAUGUUCGAGGCAUGGAACUUGGGGUAACUCUGACUCAAAUCAUUGGAUCAUAUUCUUCCUCUACAAGGUCUGGAUCUUCAUCAGAUGCAGCCACGAUAGCACAAUUGUAA